AUGCAUGGGAGGAGGAGGGUUAAUGCACUGCGCCAGAAACGGGAUCUCUUCCGUGAGGAGAGCCUGCUUUCUGAUUCAGUUCUCCCUCGAAGUGUUCUGCGUAAUUUUACAGCACGGGAUGCCUCUACAGAGUAUUGUGGGUGUCUUAAUGGUGGCUGGUGUCAGGAUGGUGGCCACUGUGACUGUGCUCAGUUCCAAGCAAUGGGAGACCGUUGCCAGAUCAUUCAUAACCUGGGACAGGACAGGGAUGGGAUUUGUCGCUCAUGGGGUCAGCACCAUUUUGAGACAUUUGAUGGAAUGUACUACUACUUCCCCGGAACAUGCUCAUAUAUCUUGGCCAAAGACUGCCAUUCAGCAGUGCCUCAGUAUACUGUGUGGGUUCACAACAGCCGUUCAUGUGAUGGCUCAGUGUACUCAUGUCCUCGUUCUCUCAGUCUUUACUUUCCUAACGAGGAAGAAAUCCAUAUCAGUGGUUAUCAGGUGCUGAAAGGAGAACAGAGACUGACUUUACCCCAGACAGUGCAUAAUGUAUUUAUUGAGCGGCUAGCUGACUACAUCCUGGUAAAGAGCACGUUUGGCUUCUCUCUGGCCUGGGAUGGAAGCUCUGGGGUCUACCUCAAAAUGACUGAGGAGCACAAAGACCGGCCUUGUGGCAUGUGCGGAAACUUUAAUGAUGAUGGAUCAGAUGAUCUUAGCAACAGUCAUGGUAUAAACUCAGAAGACAUUGUUGAAUUUGGAAACAGCUGGAUUGUGGACCUUCCUCAUGAGCCACCCUGCCCUGCUGUGGAUGAGGACUUUCCUGGACCAUGUUCAUCUGAGUCCGAAAUGGAUGAUGCUAUUGAGAAGUGUAGCGCAUUGCUCUUCUUUCCUUUCAUCUCUUGCCAUGAGAACAUUGAUCCCAAUCCUUUUGUUGCCAGUUGUGUCUCAGACCUAUGCAUCUCCCAUGAUGAAGAGACGUUUUGCCGGACACUGGUCGAAUACACCAGAGCAUGCUCACAUGUUGGCUACCCUGUUAGAGAAUGGAGAGACAGCUUCCCUACCUGUGCAGAUGGAUGUGAGGACAGCUUUGUUCAUAGAGACUGUAUCAGCUGCUGUCCGCCAACCUGUACUUUUGAAAAAGAGUGUCUUGGUACUAACUUGCACUGCCUAGAUGGCUGCUACUGCCCUGAUGGGCUGAUUCUACAAAAUGGCACCUGUAUACCAGUGUCUCAGUGUCCAUGUGUAUAUCACGGCACAGCCUAUCCUUUGGGCCAUGUUCUGGAGCAAGGAUGCACUGUCUGUGUGUGCAUGGGAGGAGUCUGGAACUGCACUGAAAAUAAUUGUACUGCAGAGUGCACGGUAAUGGGUGACACACAUGUGACCACAUUUGAUGGACGCAUCUACCUGCACACAGGCACGUGUCAGUAUGUUCUUGUGAAGAGCCGUAGGAACACAAAAUUUACGGUCACACUACAAUACACAGCCUGUGGAGAGGUAAGGCUAAUUGUGUGUGUUCACUCAGUGACUCUAGUGGUGGAUGAGGAUGUCAGCAGGCAAGUCACCCUUACCAGAGACGGAGAGGUCAUCAUUGGGGCCAGCAUGGCUGUCAACCUGCCAUAUGUAGAUGAUGUGGUGGUGGUACGCAGGCUGACGUCUUUGUUUUUAAGCCUGCAUGCUUCCUUCGGGCUAAAGCUACAUUAUGACUGGCGAGGAGCACGGAUCUACCUGCAGCUAGACACCACCUGGACAGGCUCCACCCUUGGUCUUUGUGGAACGCUCAAUGGCAAUCUGCGAGAUGACUUCCUCUCCCCAGCUGGUAUGAUUGAAGGGACACCUCAACUGCAUGUCAAUGCAUGGAAAGUGUCUUCAGCAUGCAUUAGCCCUGUUAACAUACCCAUCAUUGACCCUUGUGAGAUGAACCAACAAAACAUAUUCUAUGCAUCAGUGUGUGAUAUUCUGACUGGAGAAGUUUUUGCUGCUUGCCAUGCGUACGUGAGUCCCAGCAUGUACUACCAGCAGUGUCGCUAUCAAGCCUGCCGUUGCGGCAAUGGCUGCUUGUGCUCUGCACUCGCUCAUUACGCCUACAUCUGCUACAAACAUCAUGUCACCAUCAACUUUAGAGCACAUGUCUCCGAAUGUGGCAUGGUGUGUUUGGGGGGCAUGAUGUACCACUCUUGCACAACAACAUGUGGAAGAACAUGCCAUUCAUUGAGUAGUGGUGAGGUGUGUGAUGGAGACUGUGCUGAAGGAUGCGGCUGCAUAGAAGGAAUGUUUUACGAUCAUGCACGCCAGCGCUGUGUGCCACUAAAUGCUCACAUGGAGUGUGUGCCUGAAGAAAGAGAGCCUGAAAGAAAUGACUGUCCAAAUGGGAAAGUCUACUAUAACUGCAGAGAUCCUCAAGGGGCAGGGCCAUUAGGAGUUGGUGUGGCCUGUGAGCUGACCUGUAGAAACCUGAUGCUGAACCUUACCUGUCCUCCCAUGACUCCCUGCGUGCCUGGUUGUGGAUGCCCUGUAGGGUUAGUUAGCCAUCAUGGAGAAUGCUAUUUUCCAGAAAACUGUCCAUGUGCCUGGCUAGGCUUAGAGUAUCUUCCUGGAGAAACAGUGGAUACUCCAUGCUAUCGCUGUGUGUGUCAUCGUGGGUUCUUCAACUGCACAUACUUUCCCUGUCCAGCUGUCUGCACCAUCUACAGCGACCGUCAUUACCAUACCUUUGAUGGCCUGGAGUAUGAUUAUGUUAGCGACUGUCAAGUUUACCUUAUAAAGAGUGUGGGUGAUACAGACAUUUCCAUUACAUCUCAAAAUAAAGACUGCUAUGAUAGUGGAAUAGUUUGCAUGAAGUAUCUGCUUGUCUAUGUUGGCCUUACUAAGAUUUACUUCAAUGAUAACUCAGGAAAACCGGUAAGUCUUGUUUCAUCAUCAAGCUUUUUAUUGUCCACAUCUACAUGAUAUGAAUUUGAGUUGUGGGCAGCUGGUUACUACACAGUCGUACACUUCCCCAAACAGGACCUAACAGUUCUCUGGGACCGAAAAACCACCAUCCAUAUUCGUGCUGGGCCAAGGUGGAAGGGUCAGUUCAGUGGCAUGUGUGGAAACUUUGACAUGGUGACAGUGAAUGACAUGACCACAGCAGGGCACAUGGAGGUCAGCAAUGCUCAGGCUUUUGGAGACAGCUGGGCACUUGGCCAGUGUGAGAGUGACUAUGUAGUGCGCAGACCUUGUGAAGGAGAUCUGAGCCGACAGCCAUAUGCAAAGCGAGAGUGCGCUCUUCUCUACAGUGACGUUUUUGCUCCAUGCCACAAUGUGGUGGAUGUGACCUGGUUCUAUAAAAACUGCCUGACAGACACCUGCAACUGCAAUCGUGGAGGAGAUUGUGAGUGCUUGUGCACCAGCAUCGCUGCAUAUGCACACAAGUGCUGUCAACACGGCGUCAUCGUACACUGGAGAUCUCCUUCUGUUUGCCCAUACGACUGUGAAUACUACAACCAAGAACUGGGAGAGGGUCCGUUCACUUUGUCCACCAUUGAGCUGAAUAACUCAGUGUGUUUGUUUGGAGCAAAUACAAGUAGCGGAGAAGUGUUUCCCCUGCCAAAGACUAGCACUCAGCCGAAUGCCAUCUUAAACUUGAUGAUCACCAGCGGACUCUACAAGGACAGAGCUUCACGACUCCCUAUCGUCUCAUUGGAGUCUGCCGAGCGCCCAAACUACUUCCUCGUUGUAACAGCCAAUCAUGCGGUGCGUCUGGAGCUCUGGAGACCUGGAGAAGAAUUUCGUCGCCAGGCAACCUUCAUUCACCACCAGGGCUUAUGGUUGCCUGGGCGAUCCUCCUUUGAGAUGCACAGCCAGAAGGGCGUUUUCAUUACCCUUACACCCACACAUGCACGUGCACAGAGCUAUGAUAACUCAUACUCCUUCAAGGCCAGCAGCAGUUUCAUCAUUGAGGAAAGCAGUUUUGUCAUCCCGUACCGUUUGAUGUGUGAGUGGAAGUACCAUGCAUGUGCCAGCGCUUGUGUGAAAACAUGCAGUGACCCUGAUGCCACUCGCUGCCAAUUUCUGCCUCUUGUGGAAGGCUGUUUUCCUCGUUGUCCCAAGAGCAUGGUGCUGGAUGAAGUCACCAGGAGGUGUGUUUACCGUGAAGACUGUGUAAUACUUUUGCCAACUCCUACUCCAUAUAUGUUUGUGACUCGAUUAAACCGAACCACCACAGCUCCUACAUCAACAGUUUCUGCAACUACGACCUCUACUGCCACUACCACUCAAACUCCCACAACUACUUCCACAACAGUCACAACUGUUGCUCCUACCACCACUGCAAGCACCACCAAGACCACUUUAGUCACUUUACUUUCCACAUCAGCUACACCAGAGCCAGUCAUAACUUCAUCCAGCACACCUGCAACCACACCCACCCCUACUAUACGCAUACCUCCUGAAGUGUCCACAACCCCCUCUCCAACAACCACAGAGAUCCCUCUGGUUACCCUGGCCCCACCAACCACCAGCCCCACCACUGAGUCUACCACCAUCUCCACUACUAUCUCUGUUACCACUCCAUCACAGCCCCUCACUACUAGAGAGAUAUCAACCACACAAGUAGAAACCACCACCCCUAUCAUCACUUCACCAACUCUUGCCUAUACAACAACAAUUCCCAUUAUUACCACGGAGACAACCUCCUACUCCACUCGAGAUGACUUUGUUCCUGUGACAACACCAGAAACCCUCCUAGACACAUCGGAGCCUACGUCCACUGCCCCCUCAUCUUCUCCUCCCCUGGAAUCGCUCGGUGUGACAAGCAAGCCAACCAUUCCAUUCGUGCUCCCCACUGGCCCCUGCACGGCUCCAUUUUCUGUGCGUGUUAACGAGUGCAGUGAGUACAUCUGCCUUAAUGGGCAGAUGAUGCUACAUAAUUCAUCCCAGCACUGCAGAUACAACAUCACCCAACCACAAUGUAACCUGCUGGGCAUGCCUAUCCAGAUCAACACAGACCCCUGCUGCCCAUUAUGGCGCUGCCCAUGUCGCUGUUCUAUAAUCUCUGACCUGCGCGUUAUCACAUUUGAUGGGAACAAUGUUGCUCUGUAUGAUAACGGCUCCUAUAUAUUGGUCCACCUGCCAAAAGAGAACAUUGUUGGCCACAUUGAGAAAUGCCCUACUAGUGAGAGUGUGAACUACAUCAGAAGACCUACUCCUUCAGGUGGAACCUCUGGCCUGUGUUUUAAAAAGUUAAACAUAACCACCCAUGCCUACAGGAUCAUGAUUAAUCGACUUGACCGUAAGGUCUCUGUGAACCAGAUCACUGCUCGGCUGCCGUUUACUAGAAUGAACCUGCAUCUCGAUGACACAGGGACCAUGUACAUCAUUCACACGCCUAGUGGAAUCAGCAUCCAGUGGUACCACAGCACUGGUAUAAUGGUCCUACAGUAUGGUGCUCCUGACAACACCUCCACCAGAGGCCUCUGCGGCUGCUGUGAUGGUAACCCAGCGGAUGAUUUCCGUCUGCCCAAUGGAACUGUGUUGCGAAAUGUUGAGGACAUCCCUGCCUUCCUCAACAGCUGGAUGGUGGACACAUCGGAGGAGAUUGAUUAUUUCCGCAGAGUGGGAGACAACUGCACCAUUGGCAACUGCACCAAAUGUUUUCAAAUGCUUAACCAGAGACCCUUUUCCAAGUGUCAUCACAAGGUUAUACCAGAGCAGUUUUGUGACAAAAUUUGGGCAGGCGAUCUGCACUACAAGGAUCAUGAGUGUGAUUUUCUGGCUGCUUACGUAGCCAUCUGUUACACUCAUCAGAUCUGCUUUAGCUGGAGAAGAAGCAACUUCUGCCCACUAAAGUGCCCUCCUGGUAAAGAAUACAAGCCAUGUGUGAACACGUGUAAGACAAAGACAUGUCUGAAUCGAGACUACUACGAGGAGAGCAUCUGUUCCUCCAUCCGAGAGGAGUGUGUGUGUAAAAGUGGUACCAUGUUGCACCGAGCUGACUCUGCAUUCUGUGUCACUGAGGACCAGUGUGUGUGUACGGAUAAUGAUGGUAAUCCACGGGCCCCUGGAGACGUGUGGAACGGUUCUCUGCGAGGCUGCUGUCUGUUUCAGUGCCUGGAAAAUGGUAGUGUGGUGCCAGUAGAACCGGAAUGCCCUCCUGAACCUUCUCCUUUAUGUGAGCGUGCAGGAGAAUACAGUGUUGCCGUCCUGGAGGAGGGUGCCUGCUGCCCCAAAAAAAUCUGUGAGUGUAACCUUACCAUUUGCCAAAAUGAGGUUUCCGCAUGUGAAAAUGGGAACAAGCUGGUGAUUGGCUACAGCACUUUUUCCUGCUGUCCUGAAUAUCGAUGUGAAUGUGACCCUCUGGCCUGUCCCAGUAUCCCAAUGCCAGAAUGUAGAGAGGACCAGUUCUUGGUAGAAGUCAGAGGGCAACAUGUCUGUUGCUAUACAUAUCUGUGUGUGUGUGAGUCCUGUAUAGAGCCCAUCCCGGUAUGUUUGCAUGGAGAGAUUCUAGCUGUGGAUAUGAACACUACCAAUCAUUGCUGUCCACAGUAUCACUGCGAGUGUCAGUGUCACAACAUCAUGCGGCCUGUGUGCACUCCGGGAGAACAUUUACUUGAGGAGCCUGAUCACAGCAGUAUUUGUGGCUGUACUCAGUACUCAUGCAAGAAGGCAGAUGUAUGUUUAUUUCAGGGUGUGACUGUGCUGAGUCCAGGUCAGUCUAUGGUUCAGUAUGUUGAGGGGGAGCUGUGUUACACAGUGCAGUGCCUCACACACAAAGACCCCAACACGGGUUAUUAUGCUAUGGACAUCACCACUGCCAACUGCUCAGAAAAGUGUGAGCCUCAUCAAGUUUAUGUCCAAUCCUCUGACCCUCACGUGUGUUGUGGCUCCUGUAAAAACAUCUCAUGCUCGUUCUCCAGUGAAAAUGGAACUACAGAAGUAUUUAUGGCGGGUAGCUCCUGGGUGUCUAAUUGCACCCGCUAUGACUGUAUGGAGACAGCUGUGGGAGCAGUAAUUCUUGCAUCUGGAAUCAUCUGCCCUCCUUUUAAUGACACAGAAUGCAUUCAGAAUGGAGGUGUGGUGCAGACCUAUGUUGAUGGCUGCUGCAAGACAUGUAAAGAAGAUGGAAAAACCUGUAAAAGAGUUGCCAUCAGGACCACCAUUAGAAAAGAUGACUGCAGGAGCAAUGCACCAAUAACGGUAUACUCAUGUGACGGGAAGUGCCCUUCUGCCACCAUAUUUAAUUUUAACAUCAACAGCCAUGCACGUUUUUGCAAGUGCUGCCGCGAGAAUGGCUUACAAAGCCGUGUCAUCCAGCUGUAUUGCACACGCAACGCUACUACUGUGGACUACUACUACCAGGAGCCUAUGGACUGCUCAUGCCAGUGGAACUAACAACUGUUAACAGUUUGUUGGAUAUGCACUAGCUUGGCAUUUCCAAAUCUGUAUGUUCUCUCAGUGGACAUUACUAGAUAAGACUGCUCAGAGCAGUGAAAUCACAAACUACUAACUCCAUAUUUAUAGUCUAGGUGGCAUUUAUUUAUCUUGUAGUUCAAUGUCAUUUAAUCAAAAGGGGUCAUAUUCAGAGUCGGUUACAGGUUUUAAAUAUAUAUACGU